AUGGCAACUAUCAAUAAUGCAGUAUUUCUAUCAGAUGAUGAUGAGGAUGAAUCUUUUCAUGGAUCUGAUGCCUCAUCUAUAAUAGAGGACGAAAGUUCUGAAGAAGAGGAGUCCAAUUCAAUAGUUAAAAGAUCAAAAAAAUCGUCUCUAAAAGAUUUAAUUAAUGACAGGAAAGUAGACAAAAUAUAUAAUGAAAUUUUGGAGGAAACAAGGAAAGAACUCAAAAAAAGAGUGCCAACAAUUAGAAAAGACCAUUUCAUGUUGGAGUUCCAAAAGAAAUGCUUCGAUUCUUCUAGAAAAAAGAAUUCUUCUUUGCAUGAAUUAAAGCAUUAUGUAGAUCUUGGUGUUUCAAAAGUAUUUGAAAAUCCAAGAAACUUUGACAUUUUAAAAUUUAAGGCUUCAAGCCGAAACCUAAGCAAAGAAUCAGAAGAAGAAACUCGCAGGAUGAUUGAGCAAGCCCUAGGAAGCUUAGAGGAAAAAGGUGUACAAUACAUUGAUAAGAAAGUUAAAUAUGCAGGGGAAACAUAUACUAUUAAAGAAAAGGUUGACCCAGAAACAUUCUUAAAGAAAAAAGCACGAGUAUCUUCCACAGGAAUGCAAGCUCUCGAUGAAAUGGUUGAAAGUCUUAAUAAGGAAAUUAGCAUUAACUCAAUCCAAAAAUCACAUUCUGAUUGGACUGAAUUCAGACAGAUGGCAGGCCUUGAGUCACAACUUGAGCGCCAAAGAAAGCAUGGCUAUAUUUCAAAGGCGGCAUUUCUACAAAAGGCAGAUUGGAAAUUACAUGAAAAAGAGCUUGAAAUUAAGAGGAGAAGUGGAGUUAAUAAUAAUUAUGGUAAUAGCAGUAGUACAAAUGGUGUAGGCGGCAAUUAG